UUGCUCAGUAGCUGACUACCAAUCCUCCUAUCAUAAAGGACUCGUUCGUCUUCGUCGAGUUUGCUCUCGCAGUUUAACCGGUUUUCCUUUGCAAACAAAGUGUCAGAGUGAUAGUUGUCCAAUUGUUCGUUCGUCUCUCGCAGGGAGCCGAUCUUGGAGUCCGUGAGCAGAGGAAACACCCAUCGAAGACAACUGUAUCGACGAGUUACGGAGGCUUCAGCCACCGGAGAAGGAGCUGCGCCCGGUAAAGAGGUAGCUUAAACGGGAGAGAAGAGAGGUAGCGGAAGAAGACUACUCGUCAGGCACCCGUCAAGAUGCCUGCUCCGACAUCAGCAGCAGAUGGGGCGGUGGAGGGGGGUGGGCCACCCCGCACCGAACUGCAGGAAUUACAGCUGAAGGCCGAUCAAACUACAGAUGAGUCUCUGGAGAGUACGAGGCGUAUGAUGGCGUUAUGCGAGGAGAGCAAGGAGGCUGGCAUCCGUACUCUGGUCGCGCUCGAUGACCAGGGAGAGCAACUGGACAGAAUCGAGGAGGGUAUGGACCAGAUCAACGCCGACAUGAGGGAGGCCGAGAAAAAUCUCACUGGAAUGGAAAAGUGCUGCGGCCUCUGCGUUCUUCCGUGCAACAAGAGCGCCAGCUUCAAGGAAGACGAGGGAACGUGGAAGGGCAACGAUGACGGUAAGGUGGUGAACAACCAGCCGCAACGAGUGAUGGACGAUCGCAACGGGCUGGGACCGCAGAGCGGGUACAUCGCCAAGAUCACGAACGACGCGCGCGAGAACGAGAUGGAGGAGAAUAUGGGCCAGGUGAACACGAUGAUCAGCAAUCUGAGAAACAUGGCCAUCGACAUGGGCAGCGAGCUGGAGAAUCAGAAUCGGCAGAUCGACAGGAUCAAUCGCAAGGGCGAAUCGAACGAGACGAGGAUAAAGGUGGCCAACGAGCGAGCCCAUCAACUACUCAAGUAAGGCCACUCUCGACCACCUGCACCCCGUCGGCCACCAACAGCACCAAUACUAAUCAUCACCACUGUCACUACCACAGUCACUACCGAUAACAACAACAACAACAACAACAACAACAACAACAGCUACAGUAAAACAACACCAGUGUCAACAAUAAAAAAAAAAUACUAGUAACAACAAUCACCGACACGCUCUGUUACUUUCAGUUACUCGUUUCUCGGGAUCGUGCGUUCACACGGUUUAUUUAUUGCUGUUUAUAUUCGUAUCUGGAGUAACGAUAGAACAGACGAGUCCGCGAACAAAAGGAAUUCAAUCGUUAUUGCUCGCGUGUUUUUCCUUUCUUUUCAAUUAGACGUCGCAGAGGAACGCUAAAUUGCAUCAAUUUUCUGUACUUUUUGUUUUGGAAAAAAAGAUACGCAAAUUCUAUUCGAACGCAAUGCCAUUCAAGUCAUUCUCAAACAUUCACGGUUAUUGUCGCGAUUACGUUCGUUUACGACAUAAAUCCUUCUUCUUUCGUCGUUCGAGCUGUCUUUUACGAGCCCGCUCAGACAUUCCUUAACCAUCUUUAACCCUUAAGAGGGCAAGUGUUAUACUUAAUAGAAUUUCUUAGAUUAUCGGAAAUAUCUAAAGCAAAAAAAAAAAAAAAAAUACACGUUAAUUUAUUAUCAAGUUCUACUUUCGAAAGACGCUGACGCGGCGUCCAGGUCAAUCCAACGAGAGCAGAUAGUGUUUUCUAAGGGACGAGCUACGUCGUAAAUUGUAAGAGAGAGAAAGUAAAUAAUAAUGUAAAGUUUAAACGAAUUUUGUCUUAAUUGCACGUUUAUCCAAGUUCUUCCUCUCGUAAUAGCGUUUACACUCUCGACGAUUCGUCUAAAAGAUAAAAAAAAAAUGUUUCUAAAUCGCGACGGUGGAAAUUAAGCGAACCAAAAAAUAAUAACAAACACAAACAUAGAAGGAUAGAUUCUCUUAGACAACCUAGACGACGAAGGCAGUUUUUUGAAUAAUAAGCGUGCGCCUGUUUAAGGGUUAAAGAUUACCCACAGCCACCGACAGAAGCCACAGGGGAUGAUGAUACCGGUUUUACGGGAGCACGACACACGCUGUAGUUAUUUUGCAUCGUCGAAAAUCUCAUACAGAGGUAAAUACACUAUACGCAGAUACAGGAGGAUCAUUUAUUACAAGGACACAGGCGGACGCGUCACAUGUACACCGAGGACACAAGGUACAUGGAGGAUACGAAGGUACACACAUACUCUGACACACACACACGCACACACACACACACAAAUAUAGAUCACACAGCGUGUGGGAGUGCACGCGUGAACGAUACAUACGCACAGCGAGCCCCCAUGUACGUAAUACAUACCAUGUAAUUUGUUAUCACGAUUAGUGUUACGACCAAGGUAUCCAUGUACAGUAGAUUGAUAGGUAGACGGACGCUCGCGCGGUAAAUCGCGAGGUAGCCAUAGUAGGUCGUAGCAAGAUGCAAUCUCGAGGCAUGGCAUAGUCCUUGGAACAGAUGCAGUCGAAUCAGUGAAUUCGGAAGACCCUCUAAGGAGUCAAGAUGUAAACAUAAAACUACCAAUGCUCAACUCGUGUCUCUGAAGCAUAUUACUCUGUAUCUUUGAAAAUAGAAUGUGAGAGGGUAGUUAGUACUCUAUUCCAAUAAAUUCACCCUACACGGGUUAAAUCGAUCAGCUUGGUAGUUGUAGCGUUAAGAGAAGUAUCAAGUGUCAUAUCUCACAAACGAUUGCAUCUUAUCCACCAACUAUGCGACUCGAGAUCGAGACCUCAGGUUGGGUCGUCCUUUGCCUUCGCUCUGCGAGCGCCAAACACAGUCGCUUCCCUCUGAACCGGAAGAGACCACGAACGGAGACGAGGCGAGGCGAAGGACGGAAGAGGGUUGAGCGCAUGUCGCUCUCGAUGGGUGGAGAAAUAUGUGACAGAGAGUGGAGGAAGGAGAAGGGAAAAAUGGGAAUGGAGGCGUGGACGAGCGGAGAAGAGGAUUCGAUAAACCGGAGCAACGAAGACGUCGCUGCGAGAGAAUGCGUUAAAUGUAUAGAGAAUUUUUUUCGUUUUUUGUCUCUCGACUCACAGUAGAGCGUAGAUCGAUUCCGUUUUUCGGCACUGAACGCGCCGAGGUCACAGUAAGGUUUAAACUCCAAAUAAGAAAAAAAAAAAAUGAAAAAUAAACGAACGAUACAAGAUUUACGAUGAUGAUAACGUUGAUGAUAAAACGAAGAUUGUACAUUAUUGUAUUUACACGAAGCGAAGUACCUCUACUUUGUAUUUGAACGAACGGGAAUCAAUCGAAUGCCACCGCGGCGACGAAGAGAUUUUCAUUUCCGUUUCGUGUUCCACGUUGUAUCCGCAUCGUCGAUUUUUCAUCCCUUUCCAAUGUUUUUGCGUUGCCCUGUUAACGAAUCGUUUCAAGUCGAACGUUUCGUUCUAGACUUGCAACUUUAAUAGACGAGUAAGGACUAAUUUGUAAUUAACGAGGAGCGAUGCGGAUAACGUGAACCGUACGCAACACCGCAGACAAGGGAUGUUUCUCGAAACAGCUGUCAGCCUUAACAGUAUUCGCAUCUUUACACUUACCUCUGUAGCUUUAAGAGAAUGCAUAGAUGCUGUCAGCGCUGACGUUGAUCCCCCAUCCCUCGUAGCAUCAAAAUUAGUUUAUAACAAUGAAGGGGAGCGAGAGUAAGAAAAGUAUAAAGAAAUUUUAAAGCGCUGAUUUUCUUUUUGUAGACAGAGAACGGAUACGUGUGUACCGUGUUUAAUAUAUUAUUGAUAAGCAUGAUUUCGAUACACAUAUACAUAUAUAUAUAUAUAUAUAUACACAUGCAUACAUAUUCGUAUGCAGGGUGUUUCACUAUGUCUUGUUGCAAACCAACAAGUCUUUUUGUUAGCUAACGUUACGAUAGUAAGAGGCCUUCGAGUUACAUGAAAAGAUUUAUUCAAUUGUGAUAUCGGUUGCAAAAUGCACCUGGCAUUUUGUUUCUCCUAUGUACUCUCGAGUCGAGGCAGAAUAUUUUGACCGCUCAAAGUCACUUGUCAACAACCCCUCCCAACUUGACUGUAUCGCAAAAGCGUCGUAUUUUUUUCCAUAUUCGCUAUUAUCUUAAAAAUAAAAUGAAGAGAUAAAUGCCUGUGCUUUUACUUUAACAAUCGAGCUUCCCGCGAUAUACUUUCUUUCGCUUGAUUUGUACAUAGAACUUGUGUCGUAACAUUCAAUAAACGCGACUUUUACAGAACGUUCACUGAGUUCGGAACGAAAGCAGGAACUUAACGAAGGAGAUAUAAAAUUCAAAGAUACAUGAGAUAGAAGAAACAGUAUAAUUUGCGUUCAAAAGGGGAUGAGAUACGAUGAUGGCUGACGUACGAUGACCUUGAGCGGUCACGAAUUAGCGAAAACUCUUUGCAACGGAGCUAACGAAACACCCAGGUAUCCGUGUAAACUUUUUCCGAACUUACUCCGUAACUAUCGCAAGGGGUACCGCACUCGAGUCGCGCGCGCAGUGUCUAAGAGCCGAGCACAAAAGAACAAGAAUUACGCGUAGCACCUUUCGAUUUCGCUUGUUCGAUUUGCUUUUCUUUCUCGAGGCAACGGUGUACGCGAAACAAGGAGAAAGAGAGAGAGAGAGAGAGAGAGAGAGGGGCUUGUUAUCCUUGGACGCUUCGCCGGACGAACGUACUAAAAGGAAUAAAAGAGAGAGAGAGAGAGAGAGACAGAGUUGCGCGAAACGCAACGCGAGUAAAUGGUGAGUGUAAGAAUGCGAGAGUGGAAGAAAGAGUGUGUGACAUGAUUGCGACUCGAGACCGUUAGGCCUAUCGUAAUUAUCCACUUCGUUAAAUGAAGAGAUAUACAAACGAUUAUAAAUAGAUAUAAAUAUAUAAAUACAAAAGUUACACAUGUAUUAUACAUAUAUAUAUAUACGCAUGCAUAUAUGUAUGGGACGAGCGCGGUGAGACCCUUUCUUAAGUAGCUCUUUAGACAGAGAGAAUAGGGUGAAGAGAGAGUUGGGUGCGAGAAAAGGCCAUUUUAUUCGCGUGCGAAUAAUAUCGUUAUAUUAUUAUUACUAUUAUUAUAAAUAUUAUAUAUUAUAUGAUACGGGAUCGAGCAAUAUUGUAUUGUUACUUCGUCGUUACUAUUUAUCACCGCCUUCUCGUGGAUUAUACUUAUGUACAGGGUGUUCCACUAGAAACAAACCUUUUCGACAUCUUCGUUAUUUUAAGCGGUAAACAAAACAAUAGGUUCCUCAGCAAAGGUUGUAUAAUUUCAAUCCCUUAAAUGUUAGUUUCUAGAUAAACGUACCUUAACACGUGUAUACUCAGACUUUAUUACGCUAUCGAAUUCUGCUUUACGUUUAAAACGACCCAACCUAAAGUCCACUCGAUGAAUCCAUACAACUCUUCCUAGCAACUCCUCUGUUGCUCGCAAUAACGAAGACAUCGAAGCAGCUUGUUUCUACCAAGACACUCUGUAUAUUAUGUACUUAUUUUAGAUAGGUAUUCCUUGUAUCUUGAACGGGUAACUCAUAUGGCACCUAUAAGAGGUCUAUGUGGUACGCGUAAUUUUAAAUACCUAUUCACAAAUUGUAUAGCCACGCAGAUUCAAAGUAUCUAGCUAGACGCGUAGAGGACACGUAGGUCGAUAGAAGGAGUAGCCACGAAGAAAGGAAAAGGUCCACAGUGUGCGUGAAUGAGAGAACGUGUGAACGGUAAGUGUUAUUAGGACGAGUAAUUAACUUGAGCGGUCUGUCGGGAAGGCAGGCGGCCAGAUAAGGUAGAAAAAUUGCUCGAGGAUCAGGAGAAAUUGCAUACCACGAUUUCGAGGUUCCUUUAUUGGCGCGUUUUUGUGAUAUUCAGUAAUUUAACUUCCUAGUUCGGUCCAUCGGUACAGCGCCGUGCGAUGACCGCCUAGUAGCGGUGCGCUAAUAUUGUUAUUCGCAAAAAUAUGCUCCUACUAUGUAUGUACAUAUAAUAUAUUUGAAUAGCUUACAGACCAGGAACCUAUUUAAGGAAUCUGUUAAUUGUGUUGGUUUUUCAAUCUCGUAGAAAUAUUCACGAGUUUGGCAGACAAUGUGUUAAAGAACCAAACAAGCUAGAAACGAGUAUCAGAUUAUUUAAACUGUUUCUGGAUAGAGUACAAUUUCCUGAUUACAUUCGUUUAACUUAUAAUUACUUAUCCAAACUUUAAAAUUGAUUAACCACGUCCAAUGUGUUAUGCAUAGUGGGUGGAUACUUUUAACUCGAAGCUCAACGCGCAGUGUGUAUCGUAUAGUUCGAAUCCUGACAUCGAGAGAGUCAAAGGUCGACUUGGUAGCGUGCAACUUCUCUUGAAUCAUGGAAGAGCAGGUCACAUGCCUUCCAAAAUAAACAACGUGCAACAUUGUUCGCGAUAAAUAGAGCACGAUCGCGAGGAUUAUAACACAAUUGGGACCACCGUGCAGAAGUGCAAGGUGCAAACGACGAGGGGCGAGAAAAUUCACCGCAAAAGUUGUACAAUUCCGCCCCCCGGUCGCCUUCUAGUUACUCGAGGCGGAAACAGAGUCAAGGAGUCGCGGAGAGAGAGAGAGAUAGAGUUGGUACGCGAACAAAAAUUGUAAAGUAUCUGGUAAACCGGAAAACAUUGAUCGAACGAAAUAUAUCAGCUUCUCUCUUUUUAGUAUCGAUGUAUUGUCGCUAGAUGUAUUACAGAGACAUAAGAAGUAUUCUUCGGCAGUACCAUUGUAACAAAUGCCUGUGUAUUUUACUUCUCGGCAAAUAAACCAUCAAGUAUUGUA